AAUAGGAAAUUUUUAAAAGAAUAUAGAAAAAAGAUAAAGGAAGAGAAUGUUUAGAUUAUUUAAUUUGAAAUAUCGUCCAAAGUUUCAUAUAAAAAUCACAAUUCACAAUUUAAUCAAUGUUCCUCUUGUUUCAGGACAAAUGUUUAUUAAAUGGUAUUUAAAAGAUUCAAUAAGUACUAAAACGAGGGGAAAAUCACAAAAAGUUCCUAUAAAAAACCAUAAAGUUACAUGGGAUCAUGAUAUUUCAUGUAUUAUUUCGAUGAAGAUAGGGAAACAUCAGCGUUUAUCAGAAAGUUGGAUGAUUUUUGAAGUGAAUCAAGAAUUGAGAUGUGCAAGUCAUCAAUUGGUUAUAGGAAGAGUUGAAAUUAAUCUUGCAGAAUAUGUAGGGUUAUCGAAAGAAACAGGAUGUUAUCUUCUACAAAAUAGUAAAGUCAAUUCAUUACUUAAGAUUAGUAUUUCCAUAGAACAAAUAUGUGGAAAUACAGAUUAUAUUAUUAACCCUCCUCAAAAGAAACAAAUGUUUUACGGAAUUGUAGACCUGAUGUCAAAACAUAACACACCAAAUCAAGAAAAAAAUAAUUUGGAUAAUUUGAGUCCUAGAAAACUAAAAGAUUUAGAUUCCUUUAUACAUGAACAAGACGCAAUGACAAAUGAGCCAUAUUUAUUAGAUGUAUUUAAUUCAUUUGAUAUCAUUGAGAAUAUAUUUAACGAAAAGGAUGAAUUGUUAAUGGAAUUACAACAUAAAAAUGAAGAAUCAUGGGAUAGCGAUGAUAGCAAAAAGAAUACAAAAAUAAUACAGGAAUUAAAAAGAAAUAAAAAAAAAGAAAUAAAAAUAGCGCAAGAAUGGGAAAUCAAAGAAUUAAAGUAUGGCAUAAGUUGGUCUUUAAAUAAAAACUCAAACAAAUCAUAUUAAUAUACACAAAAAGACCAUUCGUUAUCAAAACAAUCAAAUAUCCCUU